AUGCUUCGGCAUAUGAUGGCCCCUCCUGAGCUGUUGGAGAUCGGGUCGCACUGCUGCUACGGAGGGACCGUCUACCGCUUUGAGCACAUCAGCCCAGUGCUGGGCGACUGCUCGAUGAAGCUUUCGGCCUUCGUGCCUAGCGCUCCACCGACGAAGUUCCCAGGGGUGAUCUGGCUCUCCGGCCUGACCUGCACCGACGAGUCCUUUGCCCAGCGCGGGGCCGGCCUGGCUAUGGCGCAGCGACUGAAGCUGAUCCUUAUCAUGCCGGACACCUCGCCACGCGGCGAGGGCGUCCCGGACGAGGAUACCUUCGACGUGGGCGUGGGGGCCAGCUACUACGUCAAUGCAACGACGGAGAAGUACAAGAAACACUACAGGAUGCUGGACUACCUCACACAGGAGCUGCCCAGUGCUCUAGUUGCAAAGCUGCCGCUUCUUCCCGAGAAGCUGGGCAUCAUGGGUCACUCCAUGGGUGGUCACGGCGCUCUCGUGGCAGCUUUGAAGAACCCCGGCAUGUACCGGUCUGUUUCGGCCUUCGCACCGAUCUCGAAUCCCUCCGAAGCACCGUGGGGGCAGAAGGCAUUCAACCUUUACUUCGGCGAGGACAAAGCUGCCUGGGCCGACAACGAUGCGGUGGAACUUCUGAGGCGCUAUCGGGGUCCACCACUGCGCCUCCUGGUGGAUCAAGGUACAUCGGACAUGUUCCUCUCGGAGCAGCUCAAACCGGGCCUGCUGAAAGCCGUUUGCGACGAGAAGGGCAUUCCGCUGACACUGCGAAUGCAGUCGGACUACGACCAUUCCUACUACUUCAUUUCCAGCUUCAUCCAGGACCACCUGAAGUUUCAUGCCUCCUUCUUGAAUGGGGUGCUGCGAUGGUGCCCAGAUCCAGGGACGUCCCUGGCUCCGAGCGUCUACUCUGUAGAUCCUACAUUGGCCGAGGAGCCCAGUGGUGCAGAGACUGCGAAUGCGGAUGAAGCGACCGACGUCGCUCCGAAGGAGGAGCCCUCGGAGUCGACGGUGGCCGAUGCAGGCGAGACAACGCCAGAGGGGGCCGAAGAAGCGCGAGAGGAGGUAGAAGCCGCCACCAAUGCUCUGCAAACUGUGCAGAUCAUUGAUGGCAGCCCAAAGGAGAUCGACUCCUUGGCAGCCGUAUCCCUCCCGGAUGAGACUGCACUUCAGCUGGUCAAAGUGAAGGUGGCGCCCCCGCAGGCCGGUGAGGUACGGGUGCGCCAGGUGGCUGCAGUGCCCUCACGGGUCGAUCUCGUUGCGGAGAAGGAGAAGCCAUACCCACGAAUCCUUGGCCUCGAGUCUUCUGCCAUCGUGGAGGACGUAGGCGAGGGCGUGGUCGAGUUUCAGCCUGGUGAUCACGUCAUACCGUGCUACCAAGCACACUGUGGCGAAUGUGCGGGUUGCAAAGCGGCAGAGUCAAACUACUGUGACUCCGUCCAUCACGCGACAAGCCGUGGGGUGAUGGUGGCCGAUAGCCGGCCCCGGUUCUCCUACGGGAGCACAGAGGUCUAUCACUUCAAAGGCACCAGCGCCUUCUCGGAGUACAGCGUAGUUCACGCGCACUCCCUCAUCAAGGUGCGCAAGGAUGCGCCCUUGGCUUACCUUGGGCUCCUCGGAGGCGGGGUGGCCGCCGCUCUUGGAGCUGUCUGGAAUGUCGGCCGUGUGCAGCGGGGUGCGUCCGCUGUCGUCUUUGGCGCGCAGGCCGAAGGCCUGGCCGUGAUUGCUGCGCUUGUGAAAGCAGGGGCUGGGAAGAUUGUAGCAGUGGAUCCGUAUUCUUCGAGGCUCGACCUUGCCCAAAAAUGGGGUGCAACCAGCCUCCUGAAUCCGUAUUCUCUGCCAGAGGGCGUCAGCAUCAAGGAUCAAAUCCUAAAGCUCAUUGGAUCGACCGCCGACUUCGCCUUCGACUGCCGGGGAGACCUGGAGUUGGCGCCGUCGGUUUUGGAGGUCGUGAAAGAGUGGGGCAAGUGCGUGACGGUGGGUACGCCUCAUGGUCCUGACGUGCUCCUCCGGUCAUCCUGGCCGCCGCCAGGGGGUCUCACCAGCGUCACCUUCGGAGGCUGGCGCUCAAAGCCGCAGAUCCCCUUGCUGGUGGACCUCUACAUGGCUGGGGAGUUGAAAGUGGAUGAAUACGUCACACGCGAAGAGUCCUUCGAAAACAUCAAUGAUGUGUUCGACAACUUCGAUGAUGCUACGGGGGAGUUUGAGAGCCAACCCCUGAGCCCUAAAGCCUUGGCCCGAGUGUGUUCUGCAUGUUCAUCGGCCAUCUUCAUGAUGCGAUUAGCAGACCAUGCGGAGGUCCCUCGGCCGCCUCCCUCUGGGCGGCCGGAGCCACAAGCGCCAUCGAAGUCACAGUCGACGCCGGCCCUCCGGGCAUCUCAGCUGCGGAGCGCCGCGGAGCCGAACAUGUCGAAGCGCUACGACGUGUCCAUGGGCAUCCUUGGGCGGGAGACCUCCAAGCCCAGGCCGGCUCUCCAAGCCGUGCUGCGCUCCAUGAGGCGGCCCAUCCACGAGAUCCACGGCCUCGACACAGCGCACUGGCUCGCUUCCGUGGAACGCGCGCGCUCCGCCGAAAGGAGGCGGCGCGGCGGCGUCGACAAACGACCUGUUCCCUCGUGGAACUUCCGAGGCGGCGGUCCGCUUCAGCCUAUCGCUGGCAUCACGGACAGAGUGAGUCAGACAGAUGGCAAAGGUGGCUUUGAGACGAGCCCCGGGGCGACGCAUUUGCAGCAGAAGCUCGACGAGCAGCUGCGGCGCCAGGAAGAGCUUCAGCGACAGCUGGCCCAACUUCAAGGCGCGGACGAAGAGGCUGCGGAGGUGGAGCCUGCAGAUCCAGCACCGAUGCCACCUCAGGAACCACCAGUCGCCGAAACCAAGGCUGACCCAUCUCCGACGGCGAACAGCGCUGUUGAAGAGAUGGACGACGACGCUGUUCUUCGAGCUCUGGAGGAGCAACGAUCGCUGCGGCGGAGCCUUCGCGCCAAGCUUCAGCACCUCCUUGGAGAGAGGAAGAGUGACACGGCCCAGGAUCCAAAGGAGGAGAAACUCUUGGCAGAGCACGAGCAAAUGGACAAGCGUUUGCGCAAGCAGAUGGAGGAAAUCCGAUCGCAAGAAGAAGUACUCCGCAAGCUUCAGAAGCAGGCACAGCAGUUCCAAGCGCCGUCAGGACGCGAUUUGCGAUAG